AUACCUAUUUCAAUUGAAGCAAUGAAAUUUUUGAAAGUGAAUCUCAAAAUUAAAAUAUUUUUUUACUCUAAACAAAAAUUGGGCUUAAUUUAUUUAAUUCGAUUGGGCUUUUUCAAGUAGCUGGCCCAAUUAUUCUUGCAGCUCUCAAAUACCCAAAACGAUGUCGUAGCGAACUUCAUCAAUUCCCAAUUCUCCGAUCACCUUCUCCCCUAACUCUCCGCCGCCUACGCCGUCGUCGCCUCCACCAGAACCUCCGCGGGUCAUGACACACACGUUCGAACACCCUAGCCACCUUAAUCAGUAAUUAAAAAAGAAUACGAUGGAGAAGAAGGGCACAGUGACGCAACUAUCCUCGAUUUAUCCGGCAGAGGAAACCCAGAAAGCUUCGAGGCGCGUGCAGGACGCAAUCGCCGAGCGCGAACAGCAGCUCAACCAACUCAAGGCCUUCAUUGAUGACAAUACUAGCAUUAUGAACCUCGUUCAGAAACUCCCCGAUGAAACUCACCACAAUAUCAUGGUUCCGUUUGGGAAAGCGGCAUUUUUUCCUGGUCGGUUGAUUCACACUAAUGAACUUACGGUUCUUUUAGGAGAAGGCUACUACGCUGAAAGAACAUCAAAACAAACAGCUGAAAUUUUAAAAAGAAGAGGCAAGGCAUUAGAGGCCCAAGUUGAAUCUUUGAAGGCUAUAAUGCAGGACUUAAAGGCGGAGGCCUCAUUCUUUGACGUUACUGCCGAUGAGUCAGCGGAGGGUCUCGUAGAGAUCAGGGAAGAUUAUGUUGAGGAAGCUUCUGGGACAUUACCCGCAGCAGGACAUACAAAAUCUGAGAAUACUCCUUUUGUCGAGGUCGGCGAUAAAAAAGGUGCAUACGAAGAUGAAGAAUACAUACGCUUACUUGCACGGAUGGCUGAACUCGAAAAAGAAGAAGAAGAAGCUGCAAAAGGGGAUGUAUCUAAUGAGAAUGAGCAGAUACAAAACGAGCCAAAUAGCACAAGCGGUCAAAUUACCACUGAUGAAGAAGUUGGAAGUUUAUCGGUUGAAGCUUCAGAAAUGCCAGCAGUAUCAAAAGAGGUGUCUUCGCACGGGGAUUAUCCAGCGCUCAACAACAGUAUGAUGAAUACGUCUUUAGAGCAACCUCGAGAAAAGAAGGAAGUUCAAGCUCCGCCUACAGCCAACAAGACGGCUUUUACAGGUUCAAUUGUAGAGCGUGCUCAUGACAUCCGAACGAAUAUGCCAGAGCAACAGAUUGGUACUCGUAGCUCAAAGCCCGUUUCAAGAUUUAAGAUGCAGAGGAAGUAGUGAAAGAUUUUCGUGGCAUGAAAAAUAGUCGGAAUUUAAUUACGAUCGUUUUGUUCAAAUAUUUAUUUUCUCGAUAGAAUUGAAUACUUUUAACGAAUUAAUAUUGCUUCGUUGGCUGGAUGUAUAUAAUUUUUUAGGUUUAUUACACUAAUCUUCCUCUUAAGUUCGCCUUGAUUAAACUAUUGAUCAUUCCUAAGAUUCUUGAAACUACAUUAAUUAAUUUUUUUUUUCAUUU